AUGGCUGAUCUAAUUCGUGCAAUGGGAGCGCCGAUUGGACCCCCUAUAAAGGAUAAGUUAGGCUCUCCUUCUACUGAAUCUGAAGAUGGUGGUGUUGAUUUGGGGGAGUUAGCAGCUGAUUUAGAGUUAGAUGAAGCUGAUGGUCCAAGUACUAAUGGUGAACGCCAGGCAGUACUUGCUCCUCCAGAGACUGAAUGGUAUCACGGCCGAUUGGACAGAUAUACUUCUGAAGAAAGGUUAUGGGCAGCUGGUAAACAUGGAAGCUAUUUAGUUCGAGAAAGUGACCGCAAACCAGGAUCAUAUGUGUUGAGUUACUUAGGACGCACUGGAAUAAAUCACUUUAGAAUAACAGCUGUAUGUGGUGAUUACUACAUUGGGGGUCGGCAGUUUGAUUCCUUGACAGAAUUAGUUGGUUUCUAUAGCCACUGCUCUGAUCUGUUGAAACGUGAGAGACUUGUAGAACCAAUCCCUCCUCCUGAACCAGUCAAUGAUAAAAAGCGUGUGGUAGCCAUAUUGCCAUACACUAAGAUGCCGGACACAGAUGAAUUGACCUUCCAAAAGGGCGAUAUAUUCUUCGUACAUAACGAUAUGGGCGACGGCUGGCUAUGGGUCACUGCACACAGGACGGGUGAACAAGGAAUGAUCUUCAGAGAGCUAGUCGAAGAUCUUGAUCCAUCGAUCGAUCCGAACACCGUGUUCUCUUGGUUUCACCCCAAUUGUACCAAGAGUGAAGCUGUCGAUAUGCUUGUUAAAGCAGGCCCUGGCAGCUUCUUAGUGAGACCUUCGGAUAACUCUCCCGGUGAUUACUCCUUGUUCUUCCACAUCAACAAUCAGAUUCAAAGAUUCAGAAUCGAGAAGAAAGGAGUGCGAUAUUUAAUGGGGGGAAGGACAUUUGAAUGUCUCGAUGCAGUUAUUAAUCGAUAUAGAAAGGAGCAAAUUGUUGAAGGACACACUCUGGGACAACCUUUGAUUGCCGAAGGGCACCAUAUAGAACCGCAUCAAAGUACCACAGGCGCGGCCGCUGAAAAGAUAUACGCGACUCUUCGCGAGUGUCGAGAUCAAAUCGGUCUCAAGAAAAUGAAAGGAAUCAAACAUCAAGGGUACUUGCACAAGAAAUCCGAUAAAGGAGCUAAAAAGUGGAAAGCUCUGUAUUUUGUUCUCUUGCAAGAAGGAACAGAUACGCAUUUGUAUUUCUAUGACUCGCCCAAACGGACAAAGCCUAAAGGUCUAAUAGAUCUGUCGUGCGCAUAUUUGUACCAGGUGCACGAGUCGCUGUGGGAGCGCGAGUUCUGCUUCCAGCUGGUGGAGCGCGCGCUGCCGUGCCUGUCCACGCACACGUUCCUGGCGGCGGCGGCGGCGCCCGAGCUGCGCGCCUGGCUUGACGCGCUGCGCCCGCUCUGCGUGCCGCAGCAGGCGAGGCACCACUGCAAGGUGGCGCGCGUGGUGUGGUUGCGCGCGCUGCGCGUGCGCUGCGUGACGGCGCACCGCCUGCCCGCGCGCCUGGCGCCGCGCCCGCACCUGCGCCUGGCGCUGGGCGCGGCGCCCGUGGCCCGCACGCGCGCGCGGCCCUCGCCCGACCCGCACUGGGACGACGAGUUUGUUUUUGAUGACGUGCCACCAGAUGUUACAUCAUUUACAAUUACGGUGCAUAACACCGGAAAGAGAGGAAAGGAAUCUGAAGUCGCAGAGCUAACUAUAGAAUUAGCAAACUUGGCUAACGGCGAAGAGAUAGAAGAAUGGUACCCCCUCGCAGGCAUGACUCCUAUUGGCGAGUGGGGCUCAUUGAGACUACGUAUAAGAUACAUGCAAGAGCUGGUGAUGCCCCGCGAGGAGUACAACCCGCUGCGCCAGCUGCUGCUGGAGCCGGGGCUGCCGGCCGUCAAGGCGCUGGCCGACUUGUGCCGCACGGACAGACAGCCGCUAGCUACGUCGGUGCUGCACGCGUUCUCGGAGUGCCAGCGCGGCGCGGAGCUGGCGCGCGAGCUGGCGGCGGCGGAGGUGGCGCGCGAGCCCGACCACCGCGCGCUCUUCCGCGCCGCCUCGCUCGCCACCGCCGUGCUCGACGAGUUCAUGCACGCGCUCUGCAAGCCCUUCCUGCAGGCAGCAAUUGCGGAAACAGUGCAAAAGUUAGUUGAUGCGAAACAAUCAGCUGAGUUGAACCCAACGAAAAUGGACUCCCCUGAUGAUGCCUGCAAUAAUGCUGAGUUCUUGCUCAUGGUACUGGAUCAGAUCACGCUGUCAAUCUUCACGUCGCCGGAGGCGUGCCCGCGCCCCGUGCGCUACCUGUGCGGCUGCCUGCAGCGCGCCGCCGUCGCUAAGUGGCCCAACGAGAGAUUUGUACGCACUAGAGUCGUGUCGGGUUUCAUCUUCCUGCGCCUGAUCUGCCCGGCGCUGACGGAGCCGCGCGCGUGGGGGCUGGUGUCGGCCGCGCCGCCGCCGCACGCGCAGCGCUCGCUGCUCAUGGUCGCCAAGUGUCUGCAGAACCUCGCCAACCUCAUCGAGUUUGGGGCCAAGGAGCCGUACAUGGAAGUGGUGAAUCCUUUCAUCCUAAAGAACAAGGAACGUAUGGUCGUGUUCCUGGACCAGCUGAGCUCAGUGCAGGACCCGGGGAACGCGCCCUCCAACUCAAACAACAAUUAUGACAUUGCAAAAGAACUAGCGACGAUCCAUCACAUCUGCGUGUCUCACCUCACCGAGCUGCAGAACUUGGCCAAAACACAACCGGCUAUAAGGAAGAUACGUCUUCAAACACAGGGUAAAACAACCGGGACAGAAGUAGCAGUAGUCAGUAGUUCGCGCAGGACUGAGUCG